AUCUGUUUUAAUGGUAGCAAAAUUUAACUUUUAUGAAGUUGCUCUCAAUCAUUUAAUAGGAAAAAUGAAAAAAAAAUAAAAUCAAAAGAGAGACAGCUAGAUUCCCUUCGGUCGUUCGGUAACCGAGUGCCUGCGGGAACUCCUCUCAAGUCGUAAACCCUAAACUGAAACAAACUUUUCACUUCCCAAAACCUCGUACAAACCAAACCACAAACGCAAAAUCUCUUACUAUUUAUCUAUCUUCUGAAUAAACAUUGAGGCCAAACAUACCUGUUAACCCAACAGAGGAAGCAACAAAAAUGAAGAUUUUGAGUAGGAAACUGCUGCACCAAUUAUCCUUCAAACAAGCUAUUAGUCGCCAUACAUAUUCUACUAAGAAAAUCUCAGAUUUUGGACAACCAACUCCGUCAUCUCAUCCUCAGUUAAUGAUGGAAGGGGAAAUUACACCUGGUAUAAGUACUGAGGAAUACAUCUCUAGACGAAAAAGAUUGUUGGAACUUCUCCCAGAAAAAAGCUUGGCCAUCAUUGCUGCUGCCCCUGUAAAGAUGAUGACUGAUGUUGUGCCUUAUACAUUUCGACAAGAUGCAGAUUACCUAUAUCUUACUGGUUGCCAACAACCUGGUGGAGUGGCAUUAUUAGGUCAUGAGUGUGGUUUAUGCAUGUUCAUGCCAGAAGCAAAGGCCCGUGAUAUUGUUUGGCAAGGACAAAUAGCUGGAGUUGAUGCAGCACUGGAGAUUUUCAAGGCUGAAAAAGCAUAUCCAAUGAGCAAAUUAGAUAAGAUCCUUCCAGAUAUGAUAAAAAGAUCUUCCAGAUUGUUCCACAAUAAGUUGACAGCCACACUGACCUACUCAGAUUUGGAGACCUUUCAAAAGGCAGCUCAUCUUGGGAAAGUGAGUGACCUAUCCAUUUUAACCCAUGAGCUACGUUGGGUAAAAUCUCCUGCUGAACUUAAGUUAAUGAAAGAAUCUGCAUCAAUUGCUUGCCAGGCUCUUUUGCAGACAAUGUUGCAUUCAAAAACAUGUCCUCAUGAGGGCAUGCUAUCAGCACAGGUUGAAUAUGAAUGCAGAAUGAGAGGUGCUCAGAGAAUGGCAUUUAACCCUGUGGUUGGUGGUGGGCCUAAUGGUAGUGUCAUACAUUAUUCUCGAAAUGAUCAGAAAAUUGAAGAUGGGGAUCUUGUUUUGAUGGAUAUGGGAUGUGAGCUGCAUGGUUAUUGCAGUGAUCUUACUCGCACUUGGCCACCCUGUGGAAGCUUUUCUUCUGUACAAGAGGAGCUUUAUGAUCUCAUACUACAAACAAACAAGGAAUGUAUGAGGCUUUGCAAACCUGGUUCUAGCAUCCGUCAAAUACACAACUAUUCGGUUGAACUGCUCUGCAAAGGACUGAAGGAAAUUGGGAUUAUGAAAGGGGAUGACUUUAGAUUGUAUCACCAAUUGAACCCAACUUCUAUAGGUCACUAUCUAGGAAUGGAUGUCCAUGAUAGUUCCAUGAUCAGCUAUGACCGUCCUUUGAAGCCAGGAGUAGUGAUAACCAUUGAGCCAGGAAUCUAUAUCCCAUCUAGUUUUGAUAGUUCAGAGAGGUUUGCUAUGGUUUGUGUCAUUGGGUGCUAUAGUGGUCAUAAGCAAGAUGAACCGAGGGCUUGUUGAGUGCAUAUAGUUAAUGAGGUUUUCGUUGACUUUGUCCCUUCAAUCUAACACUGCACAUCUGUGACUGAGUAAUCAGUAGAUGAUAAAUAUUGCUUCACGGUUUAAGAAGCUAUUUUUCAUUUACAGCUUGGAAAGAGUAAUAUUUGGGUUUAUAUAUAAUUUUGAAAAUUUACUAUCAUGAUAGAAAGUCCUUGUUUAUAUAUGAGGACAUCAGAUUGAAAAUGUCAGACUCUUUGCAUUUUGAAGUUUUUACCAUGGUAAGGAGUCCUUAGUAAGAUGUGUCCUAAGUAGAUUAAAAAGAUCAGACUCUUGGUGCUAGUUACUUGAUGAGGAUGUA